CCUUUACCUUUUAAGCAAUUAAUCCAGGGCAUAAAUGAGGCUUGCCAAGACCCAGAGAUGUUCCCAAAUAUUUCCUCCACCUUUUACAUUGCAGGUUUGCACAGAAGACAAAACACCAAACCGAAAAAACCCAGAGGGCAAAGAUGGCAGGCUGAUGACAUCUCCUCUUUCUUGAACGUUUUGGUGAAGAUACGAGUAAGAGGUGGUGGACAAAAUCUCACUGGGAAGAAGCUGAUGGCCUGCUGGCAUGGUGGAGAUCCUCCCUCUGCUGCCACGCUUUCACCCCUCCAGGCCCCAAGAUGUUUUUCCAACUGGGGUGCUGGCCUCUCCAGACCACUCGCCAAGGCGGCAGAGGGCUGUACGGCACCUCCGAGCAUGGAGGGCAUCUUCAGGGUCUUGGCCGCGAUCCCGGGACACAGGCUGGUCCAGUACAAACACAAGCUGAGCUGCAGGCGGCAAGGCGGGAAGAGUUGCAGGCUCCUUCAGGCCAUGAUUCUCUUGACCCUGGGCAGAGAGACGGAGGCCAGACUGAGCCUGGAAGCCUUGGAGAACUGUGCUGCCGUGGCAGACAUCUACAAGAGCCACCAGCGGAGCGCUGCAGCAAGCAGGGCCGAUCCAGCCCCUUCAAGCCAGGAUGCAGGUGUGGCGCUGGCUGUGGCCCAGAUCUAUUCGUUGUUAGUAGAGGAAAAGCUCUGUGGGCCCCUGGCCAGAGACGAGGCUUACCGUAUCGCCAUCAAGGCUUUCCUUGAGAGUGACGUCCCAAGGUCUGCUUUUGAGAGCCUCUUGAGCGAAGCUGAGCAAAAGUGUGGGCUGGAUUUCGUGCCUGCGGUGGCAAGCAACAGCUCCAGCGCUCCGAGAUGCGAUGUGGGGAAGCCUUCCUCCAGAGCAGCAAAGAGCUCGCCCAUGCCAGUUUUGAGUUCCUGGGCUCCCUCCGAAAUCCAGCCUCUGUGCUCCACGGGCAGCCCGGCCUCGCUGCUCAGCCACCUUGAGAUCAGCCAGUCUCCAACGUUGGCGUUCCUCACCCAUUCCGUUCAGCAUGGUGUCCCCGAGCCCAGCAAGCUGUGCAGAAGUGGCCCCAACUCCCUGGUGCAGCCUGGAGAAGUGGGAGCCGCUGCCGAGUCUCCAGCCAGUUCUUGCUCUGGGGGACCAGCGGAGCCCGUCGUGCAAGGCCAAGAGAAAACCAGGCAAACCAGCGAUCCUGGAGGCAACCAUUCUUGCUUGUCGGUUCAGCCUCCCCCUAAAAUUACGCAGCUGCUGGAAGAUGGAGAAAACAGGGAACCCCGAAGUCUGGUGGCCUCGGAACCGCAGGGUUGUGCAGGAUGUCCACUCCAGAACUCACAAGCGCCAUCCACACCUCUGCCUGGUUUAGAACCUUCUGCACUGUUUGUUCCAAGAACCGUGGAAGAUUCCUCUUCCCUGAAGAGGAGCUUGGAGACUGGGUCCUCUUCAAGCUCUGGUUCUCCUCCUCCUCAUUCAUCAGGACCUCCCUCGACAGAUCUGCCGGUGGAGCAACCCUUCUUCACUUUUGUUGUGGUCCACGCCCCCGAAGACGAGACAGUCGCCUGCCGGGUGAGGGAGCGGCUGGAGGCCCUGGGCGUUGCCGGUGGGGCAACGGUCAGUGAGGACUUCCUGGUCCCUGGGCACUGCCAGCUCAGGUGCUUCCAGGAUGCUCUGGAUAACUCAGCCUUCACCCUCCUCCUCCUGACGGAGAACUUCAAGAGCCGCUUCUGCGUGUUCCAGGCAAACGUGGCCUUGAUGGACUCCUUCCAGCGCUUCUGCAAGACCAACUCGGUGGUGCCCUUCAUUGCCAAAGAGAGCCCCAUGAAGAGGCGAGAGAUGCCUUUCCUGCUGGCGGCGAUCGUGCCGCUGGAUGAGACCUCGCCUGUCUUCGCCAGGCGGGUCAAGAAAACGUUCUCCCCAGCGGUGAUCCGGGAGAAGAGGGCCCUGUGGAAUAUCUCAAGGCAGAUCCGGAACCAGGAGCGCUUGCAGGAGCAGCAGAGCGAGUACCAGCAGGCCCGGCAGCGCCUGUCUGCCCUCAGGGUCAGCUUGCAAGCUCCGAUGCCCUUGCAGAGGGGCUUUCUGGGGCUGCAGACCCCACCUGACCACCCAUUUUUCUACUCUGAAAUGCCUCAACCUCAGCUGGGGCCUGAUCAAUUCUCCCAUCCAUAUGUGUUCUCACGGGGUUCCCCAGGGCUCAUGUCUGGGGCACCUCCGUCGCACCUCAUAAUCCAGAAUGCCCAAAUGGUCCAAAUCGGAGACUACAACCAAAUGCAGGUGGAGAAGGCAUGUGCGGCGGCAGAAGAGGAAGAAGGUGGUUUGGACGGGAGAGAGAGACCCGGAGGCUGAAGCUCAAAGCGCCUCCACCUCUUUGUGGCCUUGUGAUCAGGGGCACAGCCACAUGUAGAAACUCUGUUCUGCUCCUCCUCGACCCAAAAUGGGCGCCAGAAGAUCUGGAGGGGCAGCAGGAAACGGGAGCCCUCCUGGAAUGAGUUGGUUUGGUUGAACGAAGUUUGUCAAAUCGAAUCGGAAAUGUCCGAAAAAUAGAAGCAGUUCGCGUAACUCUCAGGGGAACCGAAUGAGGAUCCAGUUCGUUUUGGAGCAGAACUCAGAACAGUUUCUCGCCGGUUGCCUGAUUUGAGUUGACUUGCAUGCCGCUUUUCAAUCAAUUUGUUCCCUGGCUUCUCUAUUUGGCUGCAGGAGCUUCCAAUCUGAAGCUGCGCCUUGGUUUCUGAACGUUUUGGAAGUUGAACGGACUUCCGGAACAGAUUCCGUUCGACUUCCAAGGUACAACUGUAUAUGAAAUACAGAGCAUGUCAAAACUGACAGAAGACAAUUUAACAAACACAGAAUGAAUUCAACAGUACCAAAAACAAGAAAACAAAACACACAGCAAUCUAGGCUUAAGUACAUAUAAGCAAAGCAAAAUGAGAGCUAACUGACAAUCAAGAAUGGGUAUAGUUCAUCUCUAAGUUUAUUCUCUUACCUGUGCUUUUGGUCUCUUUAGGACUUCAACCUUAAAGACCAUAAUAGUUGGGGGGAAAUAAAUUAAUCUGUUCACAUUCCACUCUGUCUCUAUUCGUUCUGCUGCUUUCUUCUUAGGGCACUUUUGGCCUAAUCAAUUUGUUCCCUGGCUUCUAUUUGGACGCGAUUUUAACCCGGAAUUUUCCUGCCCGUUUCCCCUGUUUUCCACGAUUUGCUGAUUCAGGCCACCCUAACUCCUCUCUGGAAGCUGCUCCACACAAAAACACUCCCAUCGAAAACAACAAACGGACAGAGAGAUCCACGUAAAACUGACAGAAGAGCUUAAAAAAAAGAAGAAGUAAUUUUCCACACACACAAAAAAAAUGAA